AUGGCAGAUCAUAUAGCAGCAAUGGAAGCACAAAUGGUGUCAGAGAGAAUGAAAAGGAAGCUCAGUGAAGUCAAUUCAGCUGCUCAAGCUCAACUCUCGCCUGUCCAAGAUCACAUCAAUUUCACUCUUCAGCAAGCAUACUUCAAAUGUGCAUAUGACUGCUUUGAUAGGAGACGGAAGCAAGAAGAGAUAAGCAAUUGCGUUGAACAUUGCAGUGUUCCAGUUCUUAAUGCUCAAAAUCACUUUGAGAAUGAGAUGGCCAAGUUUCAAGAAAAGUUGAACAGGUCCCUUAUGGUCUGCCAAGACAAAUUUGAGGCAGCUAAAGCUCAGCAGCUUGGAUCUGAAGCUGUAAAUGCAUUGGAGUCGUGUGUUGACCAGUCAAUCCAUGAUAACAUGAUGAUACUGCCACAUCUAGUUGGAAGAAUGAAGCAAUCCUUUGCCAUCCGUGAUGAAGCUAAAUGA